AUGGCUACGACAAACAAUAACAUUGUCGUUGUGAUGAUUCCCUUACCAGCACAAGGCCAUCUCCAGCCACUGCUUGAGCUCGCUCGGCGCAUUUUAUCUUCUUCUAAUUUUACCAUACCCGUUCACUACGCCGGCUCCACCACACACUUACGCCAAGCACAGAGUCGCGCCCAUGGUUGGGACCCUCUCACUACUCCCAAUCUCCAUUUCUCUGAGUUCCAAAUGCCUACUCUCGACAACAUUCCUCCUGAUAGCAAUGACUUUUACCCUUCAAAUUUAAUACCCUCUUUCUACGCUGCUCUGGAGUUUCGACAACCAGUGGCAGAUCUUGUUAAGAAUUUGUCUGCAGCAGAUAAAUUCAGGAGAGUUGUUGUCAUUCAUGACAUUCUAAUGUCUUGGGUUGUUCAAGAUGUUAUUACCAUACCAAAUACAGAAAUGUACUUUUUUCAUGCUGUUUCUGCUCUGGACGUAUGUUCUAGAAUUUUGGAAGCAAAACUAAAUCCUGAUCCAGUCACACCGCCAGCUGAUGUUGCAGAAAUAUUGCAAGAACUUGCAUGCAUGGAACCUGGAUCAGAUUCACCACCGCCAUUAAUGGUGAAAUACGUGGAGAAACAAAUGAGUUGUGCGGUAAAUUAUGGUGGCCGAAAUAUUUUCAGUACUUGUAGACCCAUUGACGGUAUAUAUCUUGAUUUGAUGCAACAAGCUUUCAAAUCGUAUGAUGAGCAUUGGAAAACGUGGGGUCUUGGUCUUUUUAUGAACCCUUUGGAAAUGGAUCAGAAUAUAAAAAAAGACACGACGAGUACCCCGCCACGUCAUCACCUAUUACAGUGGCUGGACAAACAAGAACCAAACUCAGUGUUACUUGUUUCAUUUGGAUCUGCAGCUUCAUUUACUGAUGAACAAAUAAGAGAACUGGCACUUGGUCUUGAACAAAGCCAACAAAAGUUCAUUUGGGUACUGAAAGAAGCAGACAGAGCAAAUGUCUUUGCUGAGAAUAUCAAUGGCGGCAGUAGUACCCGGGCCUUUGUUUUACCAGAAGGGUAUGAGAAAAGAGCAGAAGGAAGAGGAAUUGUAGAGCGGGGAUGGGCCCCACAACUAGAGGUGUUAGAACACGCGUCAACUGGAGGUUACUUGUGCCAUUGCGGAUGGAACUCUGUAAUGGAAAGCAUUUCAAUGGGAGUUCCAAUUGCUGCAUGGCCAUUGCAUACAGACCACCCGAGGACCGCUCUGUUAUUGAUCAAAGGUUUGAAAAUAGGGAUUUACGUUAGAGAUUGGGCUCACAGAAAUGAGUUGGUGAAAGCAGAGACAAUUCAUAAUGCUGUAAAGAUUUUGAUGGAUUCGACCGAAGGUGAAAAAUUGAGGCAGAAAGCGGCGGAGCUGAAGGAUACCGUGAAAGCAUCGUUCAUGGAUGGUGGUGCAACAAAAAAAGACAUUGAAUCUUUUAUGUCUUAUAUUACUAGAUAA